CGGCUCGGUGUAGGGCAUGGUGUGUAGUGACUGGUUUUACAGUAUUUUAGCAGCCUUCAAGGGACAUUCACGAGAGUGUAUUCGAUGUGCCGGUAACAUGGGAUUUCUCACAUACCUGACUACUCUGUUGUGGAUAGGACGGAUUGUUGACACACGUGGUUUCCCUCUAGAACUCACUCAGUUCCAGUCAGGCGAUGAUGUCACCUUAGUCUGCACCGCAACUAACACCACUAUCAAGAUUGAGUUUACACAAUGGUACAUGGAUGACGUACGAGUUCUCAUGUCAGUGUCUGCAGGGAAUGUAUGUCUAAAACACCCACCUACCAGCACAGGCGAUACUUAUGCAUAUCGUUACGACCUAUACAUAUCAACGGAUGUCAGUGUAAGCUGUGGUUACCUCCAACACAACAUGACACUAACUACAACUCAAUACCUCCAUGCUGGGACUGUGUGGCGGUGUGAGGAUCAACGCAAGAGAGUCAGUAACAACCUUACUUCAGACAUUCUAGGGACUGCGUAUGAGUCAACUCCACCACUGACUGCAUCAGCAACAACGAUCGCCACAGACAGAGCUAUUCAUGGUAGUUGUGCACCAACUAACUAAACUAACGUUUGCAUACAGUGUAUAUCAUAUUUAGAGAGACUUUGUAUUAACACCAGUUAUCAUAUUUAAACUUAUGCCGACAUAAGUCAUGUACUUGUAUACUUAUUAAGCUAAAGGUUUGGCAGUACAAUGUAUAUUAGUUUUAGGAAAAGUCUGGAACAUAUAUAAUACAACUAUGAUUACCCAUAGGGUUAGAAAAGACCGAGUUCAUGAAAAAUGCAUGUGUACUAGUGCAAAAGACAUUGUUUCCGUCCUUCUGAUGGCAUUGUUGAAGUCAUUUAAUCCUUUUGAUGCUGAAGGUCGGAAUAGCGUCACACUGGAAAAGACGCCAUAGAUGAAGUUUGUUCAGGCCACUCGACAUUUGUGGUUUUCUGAAACUGCGAUCCUGCUCAGUGCAGUUUUCUAAACGGGAGAUCAAAAGAAUUAGGAAGUAAUACAUCAGUAUGACAACUUUUACAGACACAUGAUCUAGGACAUAAUAUCAAUAUGCAUUGAGCCUCGUUUAUUUGAGUGAGUGAGUGAGUGACUAUUGUUUUACGUCGCUUUUAGCAAUGUUGCAGCAAUAUCACGGUUGGGGACACCAGAAAUGGGUUUCACACAUUUUAUCCAAGUGAGAAAUCGAACCCUGUUCUUUGGCGUGACGAGCGACCGCUUUAACCACUAAGCUACCCCACCGGCCCAGCAUUUAUUCAAAGAAACAUCAUGGUGAUAUAUUUUAGUAUGUUAUGGCUCUUGAUAUUGCAGAAUUUAUAACAGGUCAACCCUGCUGUAUGGAAGUAUGUAAUAUUACACUAUACAAGACCUACACAAAUAUAUCACUGCUAAAUAAUAAAUCAUGGAACAGACACCCAUUACUAACGAGUAAGGUGUAAAGCCCAUUAGUUUCGCUGCUUAUCAAUGUGUUUGUUAAUAUUAUAUUAUUCAAUACUUAUACUAACAACCUCUAUGCACAGUACAACUCAUACAUUUGCCAGAGACGGUAUAUCAGCCCAGUAUUUGUUUUCUUAUUUUUCUUUUUCAAGUUGUUAAUAACGCCAUAAUCAUCAUUGUUAUGGCGGGAGGUGGCGUCGUGAUCCUCAUCAUAAGUGUUCUCUGUGUAUGUUUUUUGAGGAGGAGGCGAAAAGAAAUUGGAAAAGCUACACAAGAUGUAUCACUGGCUGAUGUUGACACACCUCAGUACGACACUUUGGCUCACAAUGGCAAUACAGAUCCCUGUUACUCAGAGAUCAAGAAAGAAACUUCCAGACAGUCCAACAUACACACAAACGAUGUUUACUACAACACCGUAUCCAAAAAUGCUGACUACGAAAACCCACCCAUGAGAACAUAGUAGUGUCAAUCCACAGUGUUUAGACAAGCAAGUUCGUUUGUGGCAUUUUCUGCCAGUAUAUUUGACUACAGGCAUAAUGACAUCACGUCGUUUGUUUUUUGGGCAUGGACACCAUUAUUUUCGAAAGAAAUCUCUUCAAUAUCGUCGCUAAGCAAAAGUAUUUGUGGGUAUAACAACAAACAAAUGCUUACUUUUUUUACAGUGUGAGUGACAGGUACUGCUGGUAAAGGCUGGACUUGUAUACCUUUUCGCGAACACCCGGAGUUGUCGCUGAAUUUCAGUUAUCCAUCCAUACCUGUGUCAUCAGUACUUUUGGGUUUGCACCAAAGGACUUUGUUUCGGCAGAUGAUCGAGACUGAUUAUUUGGUGUUGACGUUUUAAAAUUUCUCAAAAAACAUUCUCCUCUCCAUUAGUGUCUGCAUAGAGCAUACACAUGUCCUAUGCAUUUUAACUGGGAUUUACUAUCACUUGCAUUGUAUAUUACGUGUAAGUAUCACCUCUAACAUAUUUGUAAGUUCUCCCUUUGAAAUCCUUUGUUACACAAACGUUACCCACGUUAUAUGUUAUGUACAUGUGAAUGCCUCUUAUCAGGAGUGAAUGACUGAAUAUCCUGAAAGAGCAUUAUUUAAUAAACGUAUCAAGUCUCUGCAAUAGGCUUGUGUGCACUGGUUUGGAAUUG